UGUGAUCCGGUUCCGCAGUUUCCAGUGAGCUCGGCGGACUCCGGCUCCGUGUCUUCGGUGCUGCUUCCUCGGAGGUGACCCGGUGUGGAGGACAGGAAGCGCCCACCGUCAUGUCGAGGUGUUUGUGAGUGUGACUGCAGCGGGAUGAGCAGCGGACUGUACCUGCGGAGGCUGCUCGCGGCCGGCUCUGCUCCCGCCGCCUCCUCGCGCGGCUGGAGCCGGAUCUCCUGCUGCGGGCUCCGGGCCGGGGUCAGGCUGGAGCCGAGCAGGGGCCUGUCGGCGUCAGGGAGAGGCAGCAUGAACGUGUUCAACAGGGAGAUGAAGAAGAGGCAGAAGAACUGGGCAGCCUCCCUGCAGGACAGCCAGCAGUACGACUACCUGAGGGAGGAGGUUGGCAGUCGAGUGGCUGAUCGAGUUUACGACAUCGCACGGACGUUUCCUCUCGCGUUGGACGUCGGAGGUGGAAGAAGUCACAUCGCGGAGCAUUUAAGCAAAGAGGUGGUGGAGCGUUUCUGCCUGACAGACAUCUCCCUGCAGUCUCUGAGACAGAGGAGACCGAGCGAGAUCCCGACUCGUCGCGUCCUGGCUGACGAGGAGUUCCUGCCGUUUAAAGAAAACACCUUCGACCUGGUGGUGAGCAGCUUGGCUCUGCACUGGAUCAAUGACCUACCUGGAGCUCUCAAACAGAUCCACCAGGUGCUGAAGCCGGACGGGGUGUUCAUCGGUGCGAUGGUGGGCGGGGAGACGCUCUACGAGCUGCGCUGUUCCCUGCAGCUGGCUGAGACCGAGCGGGAAGGUGGCUUUUCCCCCCACAUCUCCCCCUACACCGCCAUCACUGACCUGGGAAAUCUGCUGGGCCAGGCGGGCUUCAACAUGCUCACCGUGGACAUCGAUGAUAUUCAGGUUCACUAUCCGGGAAUCAUGGAGGUCAUGACUGAUUUACAAGGUAUGGGUGAGAGUAACUGUGCAUGGAACAGGAGGUCGCUGCUGCACAGAGACACCAUCUUAGCAGCAGCAGCUAUUUAUAAAGAGCUGUACGGGAGUGAGGACGGCUCCAUUCCCGCCACCUUUGAGAUCCUCUACAUGAUUGGCUGGAAGCCUCAUGAGUCUCAGGCCAAACCAGCGAAGCGAGGAUCAGCCACCGCGUCGUUUGGAGAUUUAUCGAAGAUCAGCCGGCCGACCAGCACGGACAAACCGUAGAGCAUCAGAAGGGACUGUAGAGAGGACAGUUAAUGAAAAUAAACAUGAACUCUGUGUCUCUGAAGCAAAGAUGACAAAUAAAAUGAUGGAAGAGUUUUUGUCUGAA